AAAAAAGCCGGAAAGAAGGGAGUACAUCUUAACCCGCAGGUUCAGUCGACAACUCCAGCCGCCUCACCUCAAACUCUCGCUCUUAUUUCACUCCAACGGCGACGGCACCAGCAGCCUGCGGCGAAGUCUCUGUCUCUGUCUCUGCAACCUCUACGGCCGUCUCGACGGAACUCACCUUCUACGAAUUGACCUAAAUCGGUACAAUACCCCUUCAGAUUUCUCCACUAAAACCCUCCCUUAAGCCCUUCCGUUCAUCCUUCUCCGCCCAAUGCUACGCUUCUACCACUCCCCUACUCUCUCAAGAGUCCUCCUCCUCCGGAGGUUUUCCUCCGCUGCCACCGCCACCGCUCCACCCCUUGAUUCCGAUCCCGAACCUUCAUUUUCGUACUUGGAGGGUUUUCCGAAGCCAGAUCCGAAGUACGCCGAGACAAUCCUCGCCAUUCCGCGCUCCAUCUCCGGAAAGAACAUUUCCGCUAAAGAGCGCAAGGUUGGCCGCGUUCCAAGCAUCGUGUUCGAGCAAGAGGACGGUCAGCAUGGCGGAAAUAAGCGUCUCAUAUCUGUACGGACUAAUCAAAUUAGGAAGCUUGUAAAUCAUCUAGGUCGCUCUUUCUUCCUCUCCAGGCUUUUUGAUCUCGAAGUUCGGUCCGAGUUCGAAUCCGGGGAUAUUGUUGAGAAGGUUCGGGUCUUACCUCGGAAGAUUCAUCUUCAUGCGGGAACAGAUGCACCACUUAAUGUUACUUUCAUAAGGGCACCUUCACACGCUUUAUUAAAAGUUGAUGUACCUCUUGUUUUCCGAGGGGAAGAUGUAUGCCCUGGAUUGAGGAAAGGAUCUUAUUUGAAUACAAUUAAGAGGACAGUUAAAUACCUUUGCCCUGCUGAUAUUGUUCCUCCAUAUAUCGAUGUCGAUCUUAGCGAGUUAGAUGUUGGGCAAAAGUUGGUUACGGGUGACCUCAAGGUUCAUCCUGCGUUAAAGCUUCUUCGGUCAAAGGACGAGCCUGUUUGUAAGAUUGCAGGAGCCCGAGCUUCCGAUCAACAAAAGAAAUCAAAGUAACUCUGGACUAUCAAUAUCUUAGUUGCUUGGACAUUAAAGCUUCUUCUGUUAAAGAAGACGAUGUUUGUAAGAUUAUGGGAUCCAGGAUUUCAUGAUCAGUCAAGAAAUCUUAAUAAAUCCCUCCAGAUUUUGGUCACCAUCGGUUUUAAUUUUUUUCUCCCAAUACUUCAGAAAGCAAUGUACGUUGUUUGUUGUUGGUUCACUAGCAUUUAUUUGAUCUCUCUGUUCACGGAAUGCUUGAACUCUGAUGAGCAAGAAUAUUAUGAUAACUUUUUAGAGGGAGUUUUUAGCUUAAUUGGAGGAGGCAUUUGUAACAUAUUA